AUGUCGCUUUUCACUGACACAGAAGCGGCGGAAAUCAGCCUUCGUGUGGCUUUCUCGUUUCUUGUGCUAAUCAGCCUCGUCAGUAACUCUCUGGUCUGUCUUGUUGUCCUGAGAAACCGGCUCAUGAGAAGCGCCAUGAAUUAUUUGUUGGUGAAUCUCGCCUGCGCGGAUAGCUAUAUUUGUGAUCCCUCGGUAUAUCCUAAUUCACACGUACCAACACCCGACGGGGCACACCGGGGACUACCUCUGCAAGUUCCUAACCGGAGGGAACCUGUUAUGGACCGGGGCCGUGGUCUCGGUGGUGUCACUGAUUGCUGUUGCAGUUGA